GUUGUUUUUAGAGAGGCGCACAAGGCAGGAGAGUGUGUCUGUGAGAGUGUGUGUGUGUCAGUCAAUCCAACCACACCGUUCAAAACGCUUUUCUUGCAGAAUCCUAUUUACACACCAGCACUGACUUCAGGAUGGGUGAAGAUUCCUCUCAUGCUGAGCGAAGCACAGCCGCCCUACCCAGGGAGGAGAGCAGCCCGACACCACCAGCUUCAGCCAUAGAUGCUCAGGAUCUCCUCCUCCCGAGCUUCAGUACCAGCUCGACACCCUCUUCUCCUGUUCAAACACUCACCCGCCUGGGCUCCAAAUCCCCCACCAGCCCCACGGCUGCUGGGGGCCAGAUCAGCGCCAUCACGGUGGUGGCUCUGCUUGACAAGUUGGUGGUGAUGAUCGAGUCGGUGCAAGAGAACCAGCAGAGGAUGGAGAAGAAACAGGCUGAGCUAGAGGGUGCAGUCAGGGUGGUGCAGGGCGAUGUUACCCGGCUCACCAAGAGCCACAUGUCCACAGCCAACAGUGUGGCCAAGCUGCUGGAGCGCUCGCGCAAGACAGGCAACAACGUGAAGGAGGUGAGGGAACGUCUGGAUAGACAGAACAACCAAGUGAAACGUCUGGAGGCCAACCAUGCCCAUCUGCUGAAGAGGAACCACUUUAAAGUGGUCAUCUUUCAGGAGGACAAUGAAAUCCCCUCCACUCUUCUCACUAAAGAUGGAACUGCCACCUUUCAGGAUGAGAUGGGUCUAUCUUCACCAACUCAUCUUACUGAACUAAACCGCUCUCAAGACGAAGGCCUACAGACCAUCAGCCUCUCCUCUGAUGAGGAGGAGGAAAAGGGAGCAUCAAGCCACCUGGCAGAGGCUGGUACAGAUUCCCUGGCAGAUCUGCAUGAGGACAGCCUCGCAGACUUUGGAAGUCAACGUUUUGAGCGUUCUCGUGCUGACAAGUUCAAGCGCUCCAGUCUAAAGAAGGUGGAUAGUCUGAAAAAGGCCUUCUCUCGAAGCAACAUCGAGAAGAAGAUCAACAAGUUUGUGCCUCCAGAACAACGUGAGAAGAUCAAGAAAAGCUUCACCCCGAACCACCCAAAGAGCCCCACUUCCAAGAGCUCGUCCUACAAAGUCUCUCCAAUGACCUUCAAUGUCAAGAAGGUACGAGAUGGAGAUGCUGACUCCACUCAGCAGCCUGAGAAGUCACCCAGGAAUCUCAGCCCAGUCGAGGUGCCCUCCAUAGGAGGCCCUGAUGGUGAGCUUCCCCUUGGUGAUUUACACUCCCCGGGGGAGAGAGAAAAUGGAGAUGACCAUCACACUCCCUCCACCCAAGGUAGCGCAGAUGAUGAGGUGUCUGUUACAGAGGAGGUUGGAGAUCUUGAGAAUGGUCCCUCUUCAAAACUGGCUGGGAAGGAAGUCAAGAGAGAAGAUAAUGAUGCUGAUGAUAAUAAGGAAAAUGGGGAGGAGGAGUUGGAGAAGCAGGUGAAGGAGAAAGAACCAAGACCUGUGGAAGAAGCUUCUGCACCACCCACAUCAACUGCAGCUACUGUUGAGCAAACUUCUUAGAUCUAUUAGUUGUAUUCUAAUCUCUAUCCCUUUGACUUUAGUCUACUUCUGAGACUUUGAAAAUCAUAGUUACUAUUUACACUCGUACCACUGGUAUGUUGUCCCCAAGCUUGUUUAAUGUUAAAUAGCAUGUAUGCUGAAAUAACAUUGAAUUAACCCAAAAUAUAAUGUAACAUUAACCCAUUGUAUUAAAUUCAGAAACUAAGAAUACCCCUUUAGGAGGAAUUUCUGUUUAAAUAGAUUCUGUACAAAGGUCCAGAGAAUAGUACAGUAGUCUAGACCACUGUCAUCACAAAGAUACAGCAAAAUAACACAAUUUUCCUGUGGAAGCCAGUGGAAUUGCCAUGAAAUUGACUGAAACACAAUGCCUGAACUCUUAUUUUCUCUUUCACAAUCUUUUUUUUCCCCCUUUGUGUGUAGAAGAGACAAUGCGUGUGCCAAUCUUUCCUGGAGUCCAGACACUCUUCUAUCAAUGUACAUAAGUUGUAGUAUUCAAUCUCUUACAAAACAAAGUACCAUGGUAUUAUUACCAUUUAUUUGACAUUACUAUGAUGGUAAUACCAUGGUAUUGUUUGAAGUACCAUCUAAAUACCAUGGUGUAUGAAUAUGGUAAUUAUAUGAAACAUGAAUAUACAUAUAUCGCACCAUGGAAUUACCACCUGAAAUCAUCUACCUGGUCAACAAUAGGGCUUUCCACACUGCGGUUAACCGUGGGUUUUAACCCCAGUGUAAAGCAACGUUUCACACUUGUCAUUUUAAAGGAGGUUAGCAUUGCUUUUAACCUGGGUUUAUGAAACCUGGGUUAAACCUGCAUUGCAGUGGCAAAUGUAUAAACCAUUUCAAGGGCUAUUUGUCAGAGUAAGGAAGUGAUGUCUUCGUUCUUUCGAAAUGUUCGGUUUAUUGUCAAACUCAUUCAAAACAACAGCAGGAGGUGCUUUAUUUAUAGUGACUUUAACACGAUUAACGUUAAUAGCAUUAAUACGAUUGUAUUAAUGUAUUAUGUAGAAUGUCAUUAUUAAAAUUUGGACCAUGUUGUUCAGUGUCUGGAUGCUCCCUGGAUGCCUGGAACUAAUACCGAUUAGUGUGUGUUUAGAUUUCCGGAAAAAGCUACCACAAUUGUACGCAUGAACUGCAGCAGUGAAGCAAGAGGUCUGUAUGGAUACGUGCAGCACUGGCUAUACUAAGUACUAACUAAUAGUCCUAACUACUAACUGUAGUACACAUCUUAUCUCGGGUAUGGGAAUGAAAAUUUUGCCAACUAAUAGUAAGUUUGAUAUGUACUGGGAGCUGACUAUAUAUCGCUCCCAUUAUAAUGAAUGAAGCUGUGCAAGUCAUUUACAUUUACAGUCAUGUUACAGAUGCUUUUAUCCAAAGUGACUUACAAAUGAGGAACCUAACAAGCAAUUUGGGACACAAAAGUCAAAGAUAUCUGCAGUAUAGCACUGCCAAGUUCUCAAAGUAGCUGAAGGAAUAUAGAAGCUACUGUAGAAGAAACAGACAAACUUCAGACAAACAAGGAAUGUUUUUUAUAUAUGUAUAAUUAAACGAAAACCCUUAACUUGUCUGCGAGUCACGUGCUCGCAGCGUUAACAGCUUCAUUGAUUAUAACAGGAGUGAUCCAAUAUCCCCAACCUUGCUGCUGAGGAAAUAAUUGUGAGCAUCUAAACUACGAUACCCUUUCAUCACUUCUCUCGCGUAGACUCUCAGAAUCAACAACGCGUCUGGAUAAGUCACUUCAAGUAAACGUUUGGUGUUCUUCAAGAAAAUGUGUCCUUAUUCCGCCCCGCCUCUUUUCCACGCUCCGCUCUACCGAAUUCUGUCAUCUAACUUCCUGUUUGUGUUAGAGUGUACUGAGAAGAGUUGAUCAAAAUGGAUUACAUGUGGGAGCACAGACAUCAUUUUUCCCCAAGUGUUGAUGGUGUGAGUCUACAGCGCUCCUUUAUGUGAAAAUGCUAGUAAGGUGUUUUUUCUGUCGCUUACACACCCGCGGAGGUAAACUGGACCUGGCAGAUUACAUUCAGACAGCUAUAACACUCUGCACUUUUUAAUGAUACAAGCGUUUUACUGUUAUACAUGUAAUUCUGCUUCAUGUUUAGGUUUCAACUUGUUAAUAAUUUGUGUAAAAAUGUGUAGUUGACAUGAAAUUUCCAAUAAUGACAGCUCGUAUUAUUACAUAUGCGAUUACAAUUGUACUUUUUACAAUUAAUCUGUCACCCUACAAUUUGUUGUUUUAGCUAGACUCUAAAAGCUAGUCAUUUUAUUUUGACAGUUCUGGGCUAUAAAAAUAUAGCAGUCUUAUUACUUUGUUAUUGUUUACAUCCUUGAAAUGGUCUAUACAAUGUAAAACGAUGCAGUGUUAGAAUGUUAUGGAAAGUUGUUAAGCAACACACAACCAAUCAUAUAAUGCCUCCGUACUUAUCUCCAUCUAAUAUUUAACAUCUCUGUCUAAGGGAAACCAGUAAAAUGACGAACAGUGAUGUCAAGUGCGAUAACAGGGGUCAUGAAGAAACAUAUUCCUUUUGUGUGUUCGUGGUAUGUUUCAGACGACGAAAGACAAACAGAGCUGAUUUGCUUGACAACAUUUUCACAGAAGAGUAUCUCUAUUUACAGGUUUCGUGUCCGUCACAAGAUGUAUUCAUCCAGUCGUUGCAAUUGACACCACAAAUAUGGAAAGAAGAACAUUAACCCGGGGUUUACAAAUGUACAGUGUGAAACAUGAAACAAGAUAACCCAGGAUUUUGUUUACCCAGGGUUAAGGAUGUCGAGUGUAUAAAGCCCUAAUGAGAUCAGGUUGGAUAUCACCACUGUACCAUGGUAACAGCUUUUGUAAGGGAUAAUGUUGACUAAGUUACAUUUUUAGAACUUUUAUUAAAAUAUUUAGCAGCACUCUGUCUCAAGGCUUGGAUGAGUAGUAGUUUAGGAGAUGUUUGUGGGAAGCGUGUUCACAAAAUUUCUGGGGAAAAGCCAGCACAAUUCACUGCCAUCUCCAUGGCAACAUUGUCAGCUGCCAACAACUUUCCAAUUACUUCUGUAGUCCAUGACAAGGGCGCGCACACACACACACAGCCUGACAAAAUCAUGUGUACAUCGAAGAAGAAGUAUUUGUGUUCAAGCAUUCCACACAGCAGAUGUAAAUGUUUAAGCUUCUCCUUUUUGCCCUGCAGACCUGUACUCAUAAGAUUUGUUGCUGACUAUAUUUCAAAACUAAAGCCAAACACUCUGCUUAUUGUUUUGCCAUCUGAGAAACCAUCAAGCACUUGCCUGAGCUUUGUACCAUUUCCAGUCUGGACAGUCACAUCCAUCUCACACUGAACUACUCAGUACACAAAAUCACUCUCUCUCACACACACACAUACCAGGUAAGAAAGGUGCAUUCCUGGAUCUGAUGGAUGGCUUCUCCGCAGUUCAUUUUCCACUGACUGGAAGGAGAAAGAAGAGGUGGGGACGGAUUGAUGGCUAUGAUUUCCACAGGGUUGGCGGAGGUACGGAGUACCUGCAUGUUCUACAGGUGUGCUGCCUGCAGGCCUCUUCACACACCCCUCUCUGACCACACUGCUCCAUGUUGGUGUCACAUCCUGCCAUUGUAUGGUUUAGGACACCUGUCUGGCCUUGUUUAACAAAAGACACUGUCAAAACUUAAAGACAAAACAAUUUAGUUUGGGCUUAGUGGAUUUUGUCCAAAACAACACUGCUAAUAUCUAGAGAAUAUUGAUGUAACCUAAAAGUGUGUUGCAUAAGAUUUGCAUGCUGAUUUGUGUAGCAGUCAGAGCAAGGACAGAGCAAUUUCUUUUUUGCCAUGUCAGUGCGUCAUCUAUGCAAACCAAUAGAGAUUUCAACGUCUUAAAUCUAGUUGUUCUACACAAGAGGUAAGAUGAAUUGUCUGUCUUGACAGCAAAGUUCAUAGUUGCACUUUCAACAUCAGCCACAUGUGGGUUUGGCAGGCACAUUGAAAUCGCUCUGGCUCUCAGGUACACUGAGGAGUCAGGCUGCAUGCACUAUAUCCAAGUUUAAGGAUUAAGGCCGCAACCACAGAAGGUGCAAAAUAUGUAAAGGGGUGUGUAAAACCCCUUGAGUGACUGUGACUUUCCAUGCCAUAAAGAGAAGAUACUCUCAGUUGAGAGAUAGCUCCUAAAAGUAUGCAGGGCAAAAACCUUUUUACAACAUGAGUCUUUAAGAACAUGAAAAGUGUGUAAUGUAGAAUUAGGCCUUAUUUUUAGUCGCAUUGUGGAUUGAGUGGCAUUGUGAUGUGUUUGAAGCCAAGGUGUGGUUGUAAUGCUCAAUAUUGCAGAAAACAUGUCCAUGUCAUAAUAUCUUUAAAAAAUAACAAUACUAUGAAUGUUUUUAUUCAAAAGAAGAAAAGGAAAAACAUGCAGAAGAAAAAAAAUCUGGCCUAAAAAUGUCCGAAGUAGCACCUUUUUUUUUUAAAGUUACAACCCUCCAUGUCAGCUGGUUUGUGACACUAACCCAGAGAGCUUCUAUUAACCUAAUUCAGCCCCGCCCCUUUUCCACACUCCACUCUUUAGAAUUUUGUCAUCCAACUUCCUGUUUGUAUUAGUGUACUGAGAAGAGUAGAUCAAAAUGGAUUACAUGUGGGAGAACAGAAAGUAUUUUUCCCCAAGAGCUGAUGGUGUGAGUCUACAGCACCCCUUUACUACGUGAAAAUGACUAUGAGGUGUUUUUUAUGGCACUGUAAAUAUUUGUUUUUCCGACAAUUGCGGAAGUAAAUUGGACCUGGCAAUUUCGGACAGUUAUGACACACUGCACUUUUUAAUAAUACAAGCAUUUAAUUGUUUUACGUGUAAUUCUGCUUAUUAUUCAGGUUUCAACUUGUUAAUAAUUUGUGUUAAAAUGUGUAGUUUACAUAAAAUUUCAAACAGGACAGCUUGUAUUAUGUUACAUGCAAGUUCAUAACAUUAAAGGAAAUUAUUUAUACUUUUUAAAAUUAAAUUUUCACCCCAUAUUAUUAAAUGUGAUUAAAAUGGUUGUAAAUGGAAUAUAAAACGUACAUUGUGUGUGUGUGUGUGUGUGUGUGAGCGUGUAUUUAUCACUUUGUGGGGACCAAAUGUCCCCAUAAGGAUAGUAAAACCUGAAAUUUUUGACCUUGUGGGGACAUUUUGUCGGUCCCCAUGAGGAAAACAGCUUAUAAAUCAUACUAAAUUAUGUUUUUUGAAAAUGUAAAAAUGCAGAAAGUUUUCUGUGAGGGUUAGGUUUAGGGGUAGGGUUAGGUUUAGGGGAUAGAAUAUAAAGUUUGUACAGUAUAAAAACCAUUAUGUCUAUGGAAAGUCCCCAUAAAACAUGGAAACACUACGUGUGUGUGUGUGUGUGUGUGUGUGUGUGUGUGUGUGUGUGUGUGUGUGUGUGUGUGUGUGUGUGUGUGUGUGUGUGUGUGUAUGUGUGUGUGUGUGUGUGUGCAGUAUCAUCCCAUCCCGGAAUAACACUCAAAAAAAAUCACCUUAACGCGAUGGGUAAAUAACAUGAGAAGAUAUUUUUAUUGACUUUGUGUUGUCUCUUGCCGUUUCAUGAGCACAUAGGCACACAUUUAAGUCCACCGCUUGAAGGUAGGACAUUGUGUAUUUAUGAAUUAAAUACUCUUGUUUUAAAUUUAUAUUUAAAUGAACACUUUAAAAUAUUCAAGAUAACCUGUAAGUAUACUUUGCUAUAAUUACACUUAGACAUCAACAUAGGUAUAUAAAUAGAAUACGCUAGACCGGAAGAACCAAGUCAACAUUUUCAAGAUGGCUGCGCGCUAGUUUUUCUGGCGCUAAUAAAAAAAAAUCUCAGCGCCAUUUGAGAGAGCGUAACGGUCAACUAUCGUGUUACGACAGUAAGUCACCUUUUACGGAUCCCAUUCAAAUGAAUGAGAAGAGCCGCAAACGGACACAUUCCUGCCGCAAAAUUGCCCGCGGCUUGUCUUAUAAAACAGCUAUUUCAGCUUAAUAAACUCUACACAGUUCAUUCCAAAAGUUUUGUUUAGUGUAAAACAUGUUUAAGAUUAGUGGACAGGUGGCCAAUUAAUUGUGUGUUUAACAGUUUCCUCACUGAUUCUUAAGAUAAUGGACAAAAUACAUCCUAUAAAAAUCCUCUGUGGCAGGCCGGAGGGCGGGGCCGGGUCAUGAUCCUACACACCCGGUCCCGUAUUAGGCUAAUUAUGCCUCCUUGAGGGAUAAAGGCUGACUGCAGAGGAUUGUGCGGGAGAGAGAGAUCGUUUAUGGACAUGUCCGUCAUGUGUGUGUAUAUGUUGUCUUUUAAGUUUAUCAUUAAACUAUUAUUUAUAUUGAAAAGACGGUUCUCGCCUCCUCCUUUCCAAUGAUCCCUUUACACUGGUGCCGAAGCCCGGGAAGGAGGAGGGAUACGCUGUAGUAGAGUUCUCGCCACUACCGUCCACCCAAACGGAGCAGCCGCGGCCAUCUGCCGGGGGACGAGGAGCCCAGCCGCCUGAAAGAGGACGAUGGCCGCCGACCGCGAGGGGAGAAGGGGCUCCUAACCGACUGCCUGGAGCGGUCAGGGCCGCUGCCAGGGGCGGAGGAGUCCCCUUUCAGCCGCUGAAACGCGGCAGGGUCUGAGACCGCCAACCGCGAGCGGGGAGGGGCUUACUGCCGACCGCCUGGAGCGAGAGAACCGCUGCCAGGGGCGGGGGAGACUCCUUCCAAUCCCCGAGAACGCAGCGGGGUGUUCCAUCCACCAGGGGCUGGAGGACUGCCUCAGAUCCGCCCGGAGAGGCGCGGCUGUCGUCCGAUAGAGGGUGGAGGAGUGGCCGAGGAACGUUUUUUUUCAUCUCUCUCUCUCUCUCACUGUCACUCUGCGUUGGCCUUUUUCCCUCUUUUAAAUUUUACAGUUUUUUGGGGGUACUACACUGUUACAGGAAGUACCCCCCCAUUUUAACUAUUUCUGUUUCCCUCCCCUUGUCCCCUCCCUCGUCCAGGUAGAUGGGGAUGACCUGCCGGCAGACAGUGCAGAAGGCACGCCCUCCCCCAGGGAAGGGGGGGGGGGUGUACGUCAGGCUGGGGGCUCCCCAGCCUGAGAGAACGAGGGAGGAAUGUGGCAGGGCGGAGGGCGGGUCCGGGUCGUGAUCCUACACACUCGGUCCCGUAUUAGGCUAAUUAUGCCUCCGUGAGGGAUAAAGGUCGACUGCAGAGGAUCGUACGGGAGAGAGAGAUCGUUUACGGACAUGUCCGUCAUGUGUGUGUUUAUGUUGUCUUUUAAGUUUAUCAUUAAAACUAUUAUUUAUAUUCA